AUGUCGGCCAUUAAAGCCCUCAAUCCCAACGCCGAAGUGGCAAAGGCCGAUCACGCCCUACAAAUCAAUAUUAGCGCAGCAUUAGGUUUACAGGAGGUCUUGAAGACAAAUCUGGGACCUAAAGGUACCAUUAAGAUGCUUGUAAGUGGAGCCGGAGACAUUAAGAUCACAAAGGAUGGCAAUGUGUUACUGAAUGAGAUGCAGAUACAACACCCGACAGCUAGUUUAAUCGCUCGUGCGGCGACUGCUCAAGACAAUAUCACUGGCGACGGAACAACGUCCAACGUCCUGAUCAUUGGCGAGUUAUUAAAGCAGGCUAACCGUUACAUCUCCGAGGGUCUACACCCGCGCAUUGUAGCGGAAGGCUUCGAGUUGGCCAAGAUCAAGGCCAUUGAAGUGCUGAACAACAUCAAGGUGGAGAGUGAGAUGGACCGAGAGACUCUGGUGGCCGUGGCUUACACGUCUCUGCGCACAAAGGUACACACCUUCCUGGCGCACUUGCUGACAGAGAUCAUCGUAGACUCCGUGCUUACAAUUCGCAGAGAGGGAUUGCCCAUUGAUCUGCACAUGGUGGAAAUCAUGGAAAUGCAGCACAGAUCAGACGUAGAUACACGACUGGUACGGGGGCUUGUACUGGAUCACGGAGCACGCCAUCCCGAUAUGCCCAAGGAUGUCAGCAACGCACAUAUCCUCAUCUGUAAUCUGUCACUCGAAUACGAAAAGACCGAGGUCAACUCCGGAUGGUUCUACAACACAGCCGAACAGAGAGACAGAAUGGUAGAAGCGGAGCGAAGCUUCAUCGACGACCGAGUACGGGCCAUCAUUGAUCUCAAACGCACAGUAUGCGACACACCCGAUAAGCAGUUUGUGGUUAUUAACCAGAAGGGUAUCGACCCCUUGAGUCUGGAUAUGCUGGCUAAGGAGGGCAUCCUGGCUCUGCGCAGAGCAAAGAGGCGUAACAUGGAGCGUCUAAUGCUGUCCUGCGGUGGCAAAGCAAUCAACGCCAUCGACGGACUGUCGCCAGAUGUGUUGGGCCAUGCGGGGCGUGUGUACGAGCACGUGCUUGGAGAAAACAAAUACACAUUCGUGGAAGAAUGCAAGCACCCGACCUCGUGCACCAUUCUUAUCAAGGGUCCAAACAAGCACACACUCACGCAGAUCAAAGACGCCGUGCGAGACGGUCUACGCGCUGUCAAGAACGCUAUUGAGGACAAGAGCUUAGUACCAGGUGCAGGUGCCUUUGAGAUCUGUGCACACGGUGAGCUCAUGAAGUACAAGGACACGGUCAAGGGACGGGCUCGACUGGGGGUACAGGCUUUUGCCGAUUCGUUAUUGAUCAUUCCGAAGGUGCUUGCCGUGAACGGAGGAUUUGAUCCCCAGGACGUCAUGGUGGCGUUACAAGAGGAGUAUCUGGAUGGUCACGUGAGUGGUCUGGACUUAGAGACGGGUGACCCUAUGAACCCUGCUGACGAGGGCGUGUGGGACAACUACCGGGUGAAGAAGCAGCUACUCAACUCAUGCACAUCAAUUGCGAAUAAUCUAUUGCUGGUGGAUGAGAUGAUGCGCGCUGGACGCACGUCAAUGAAACAAUCGGGCCAGUAA